UUGGUGCCCAAGUGGGGUGAUACUACACUGCAACAGCAGUACAGCUGAAUUGGUGAAUUGGGUUGGAUUUUAAUUUUCUAUGUUUAACUUUAGUCUGAUCAGUUUGUACUGCUUAAACGGGUCUAUGCAUUCUUUAAUCGUUCAGUUCCUGUUGGGUUUAUAAACCUAAAGUCGGCUUUUAGUUACCAGUACUUCACUGACAGUUAACUCGUUAUGACAGUGGGUGCGUUAAGUAACUGUACGGUGGGGUUUUUCAACACACCCAAUGAUUCAAGUGAAAUUUUGUUUUUCAAGCCAUUCCCAUUUCUCUUUUGUGUUUUCUUAAUUACACAUGCAAAAAGAGAGAGAUAGCGUGCAGUUGAUAAGAGUGCCAACUCCAAGACUUGAAAGCGUGGCAUACACUCCUGUGCAUUUCCUCAUUCUUGCCGUCCAGUAGCACAUUCAGUAACGUCCCUUGAAUGUAGAUGUUUUAACUAACUGUGAAGUUUGUAUGUUUAAGAUGUUUAGUGAAUGGAUGCGAGGCAACUUGCUACAACUUAUCAGAAAGCGCGUGUUUCCUGAAGGAUUCCAUUGACUGUACCUGUGAAUUUCUUAAACGUUGUGGACGGACUCACUGGACACGUGAAGGUAGAGGUAACUCUAUUCACACCAUCUCAGGGGUGGUCCUUGAUGAAUUACAGAAAGCUUCCAUGAUGAAGAGAAAUGAGAAAUAUGGUUCUUUACCUCUUCGAGAAAAACAGGUGGACAUCAUUAAGAUCAAGGCCAUUGAGGACAUUGGAUAUGUCCAAACAGAUGCCAUGAUUUUAAACUCUCUGGUUCCUGAACAGGACUCCAGCUGCCAACAAGGCUUGUACUUCCAAGAUGGCAGCAGGAGGGUGGAUUACAUUCUUACCUACCACAUCAAAAAAUCCGGGGCCUUCAGAAAGCAGCCAACGCGCCACGGAGACAAUGCCUCUAAAAGUUCCACCAAGAAAGACCAGCCUCUCCCAAUGAAGAAAAACGACCCUGAGAUUGGAGAGCAGGACCUUAGUAUGGAUUACCACGAGGAUGACAAGCGAUUCCGCAGGGAAGAGUUUGAAGGCAACCUCUUGGAGGCUGGUCUAGAACUGGAGAAGGACGAGGAUACAAAAACCUACGGGAUAGGAUUUGUGAAAAUACACGCUCCUUGGAAUGUGCUCUGUAGAGAGGCAGAGUUUAUGAAGCUCAAAAUGCCAACCAAAAAGGUGUAUGAGGUUAACCACGGCAAUAACUUUGUGGAGAAAAUCAACACCUUUAUUCAUAAAAUAACAGAACCACUUCAUCCCAACUUGGAAGAAAAAAGAAUAUCCUCAGUGAAGCACCUCUCCUAUCCUUUCUCAAGAGAAAAGCAGCACUUGUUUGAUUUAUCAGACAAAGAUUCCUUUUUUGACAGUAAAACAAGAAGUACAAUAGUUUAUGAAAUACUGAAGAGGAUAGCGUGUACUAAAGCCAAAUACAGCAUGGGGAUUACCAACCUGCUUGCCAAUGGAGUUUAUAAUGCAGCCUAUCCUUUACAUGAUGGUGAUUGUGAAAGUGAAAAUGCAGAGCCUAACGACAGAAAGCUCUUAUAUGAAGAAUGGGCAAGCUACAGUGUCUUUUACAAAUACCAGCCUAUUGAUUUGAUCAGAAAAUAUUUUGGGGAGAAAAUUGGUCUGUACUUUGCCUGGCUUGGCGUUUACACACAGAUGCUUAUCCCAGCGUCCCUGGUUGGGAUUAUUGUUUUCCUCUAUGGCUGUGCUACUGUGGACGAUAACAUCCCUAGCAUGGAGAUGUGUGACAGUCGUAUCAACAUCACAAUGUGCCCCCUCUGCGAUCGAACCUGCAGCUACUGGAAGCUCAGCACCGCCUGUGCCACGGCACGUGCCAGCCACCUCUUCGACAACCCGGCCACUGUCUUCUUCUCCAUUUUCAUGGCACUGUGGGCUGCCAUGUUCAUGGAGCACUGGAAGAGAAGACAAAUGCGGCUCAAUUACAAAUGGGAUCUGACAGGCUUCGAGGAAGAGGAGGAAGCAGUCAAGGACCAUCCAAGAGCUGAGUACGAGUCCAGAGUUAUGAAGAAAUCAAUGAAAAAAGAGCACAGAAAGAGAAAGAAACACCCAGAGGUCGUGAACGAGGGAACAAACAAAUGGAAACAAACAGUUGAAACUGCCAUGGCUGGGGUCAAGCUGACCGAAAAAGAGAAGCUGACCUGGAGGGACAGAUUCCCUGCCUACAUGACAAAUGCUGUCAUGAUUUUGUUCAUGAUUGGUCUGACGUUUGCAAUAGUGUUUGGCGUGAUCCUCUACCGGAUCUCCACAGCUGCAGCGCUGGCUAUGAGUUCCAGCCCCAGCACCAAGUCCAAUGUGCGGGUCACUGUCAUGGCCACAGCGGUCAUCAUCAACCUGGUGGUCAUCCUGGUCUUGGAUGAGCUCUACGGGUACAUUGCCAGAUGGCUGACUCUGAUUGAGGUCCCAAAAACUGACAAAAGCUUUGAGGAGAGGUUGAUUUUCAAGGCAUUCGUACUGAAGUUUGUGAAUGCAUUCACACCUAUAAUGUAUGUUGCUUUCUUCAAAGGAAGGUUCGUUGGCCGUCCAGGAAACUAUGUCUAUGCAUUUCAAUCUUUCCGAAUGGAAGAGUGUGCACCAGGAGGAUGCCUCAUGGAGCUGUGUAUUCAACUCAGUAUCAUUAUGCUGGGUAAACAGCUCAUCCAGAACAACCUGUUUGAGAUUGGAAUUCCCAAACUGAAGAAGCUGAUCAGAUACUUUAAGUCAAAAAGAACGUCUGUGCCGGAGGAGGAACAUGACAAGAAGCUACAGCGCUAUGAGGUUGACUACUACCUGGAGCCAUUUGCAGGGCUUACACCCGAGUACAUGGAAAUGAUGAUACAGUUUGGAUUCGUUACCCUGUUUGUGGCUUCAUUUCCACUGGCUCCUCUGUUUGCGUUGUUAAACAACAUCAUUGAGAUUCGUUUGGAUGCUAAGAAGUUUGUAGCAGAACUCAGGAGACCAGUGGCUGCACGAGCAAAAGAUAUUGGUAUCUGGUACAACAUUCUAAGAGUAGUGGCAAAACUGGCAGUCAUCAUUAAUGCAUUCGUGAUCGCGUUCACAUCUGACUUCAUCCCACGCCUGGUGUACUUGUACAUGUACAGUACAGACGGCUCCAUGCAUGGCUUCAUCAACCACACCCUGUCCUACUUCAACGUCAGCGACUUCAAGUCAGGGACUGAGCCCAUUGAGCCCAUGCAGCUGGGCUACAAGGUGGAAAUAUGCAGAUUCAAAGACUACAGAGAGCCCCCUUGGUCACUGAAUGGUUACGACAUCUCCAAACAAUUCUGGGCUGUCUUGGCAGCUAGAUUAGCAUUUGUCAUUGUCUUCCAGAAUCUGGUGAUGAUCAUGAGUGACUUUGUGGACUGGAUGAUCCCAGACAUUCCCAAGGACAUUAGCGUGCAGAUCCAUAAGGAGAAGGUACUCAUGGUGGAGCUGUUUCUGAAAGAAGAACGGGGCAAGCUGCAGAUGCUGGAGAACUUGAUAGCAAGGGGCAAGGAGGCCAAGAGCAUGGAGAACUGUAACAACCACAGUCCCAUUAACCGACCCCAGAGCCACAAGAAGAGCAGCGCUUCAUUGCAUUCACAAAACAUUGAUGUAUAAGAGAUGGCUUAAAAAUCAAAACAAAAUGCAUAACAUUCAAAAUGUUAUUUGUCUGGGCAUUCCAUAGAAUGAUGUACUUGAGAAGAAAGCUUGACUGGAAAGCAUCCUGGUAUGAGUUAUGUUUCAGUAUGUAACUGCCGAUCUCCUGUCCUGUCAUUGUUCAGUUAAAGCAAUGAUCUUACAAAUGUGGUGGACCACAUUAUGAACAGGUUUUUUUUUUUUUGCACAAAACAAUCCAGCACAGGGAAAUGUGUUUAGUAGUCUACAGUUAGUGAACGUACAGAAUAUCUUCUUAAAGAUGCAGCUUACUCAGCAUGAUACGGAUGAGCCUGAUUUUAGAAAUAGCUUCUCAUUUCCAGACAUGAGCUGAUAACCUCAUUUAAUUUUUUUUUUUUAAAUUGCUAUCAUUGGUUAUGUUCCUUAUGAAACUGAUUUUUUGCACUUAUUAAAAUGUGUAAAAAAGCUAAUCUUAGAAUCAGGGAUUUAACUGACAGUUUUUAAAAAUGAUCAAUGACCAAACACUAAAAAAUACUAUAACAAUGAAAAAACUAAAAUACGCAUUGUCCUUUUCAGAUCCUUUUUUUAGUUUCCUGCUUUUAAAACUGUUCUUCCAUGCAAAAAUAUUUGUAUAUUUUAAUGAAAGAUGUCUGAAUAUGUAUAUACCCAAUCGCUACAUGAAGGUCAUAGAUCCCAACCUAUUAACCCUUUACUCUCUGUCUUUGGAGUUAUGGCUGUAUAAGCAGUAUGUGUGGAGGUAUAUAUAUAUAUAUGUUCUGAAUGUGUAACAUUGGCAUCAACAAUUCAGUACUACAUGCAUUUAAAUUAUGACUUUUUUAUGCAUUUGUCCAAAACUCAGACGUUCAUGUCUUUUAGAGAUAUUGUUUAUAUUUUCUAUACUGUAUAUCCCUCUCCACUCCUCUUUAAUGUUAGGUGCCAAUGUUUUUUUAAAACUAUGUAAAAUGCUUCAACGUUUCCCCCUGAAAUGAAUCUGAGGGGAGCAGCUGUAAAUCACCUAUCGAGUCAACAUGGAUUGACCCUAUAGAGUAUAGACUAGGUGGGAAGAAAGCCUGACUUUGGAGAGACGCACAUAGCAUCAUAUUAAUUUGUGAAUGGAAGUUUAUGGAGCAACAAGGAAGUCUAAGACGUCUUUUAUAAACGAUAAUCCAACAAAGUUCUCGAACUGCAAUAAUCGACUUGAUUAGCAAGAAGAGCUCACUAUUUAGGUUAAAUAAUCUGACAAGUGAUAUUUAUUUUAUGUACAGUUAUUCAGGUUUUUGCUAAAUAUGAACAUGUGCUACUCAUAUCAGAUUAAUACGAUUGGGCUUGUCGAUACAGUAGUUCUUAACUUCAGUAGAUUUGCUGAUAGCAAAUGGUUAUUUCCCAAAUGUUUUCCUUAAACUGUUAGAAGUGAUUUGAAAUCUGAAAACCCAAAAUAUAAAUAAUUGAUGUGAUUAUGAAUGGAUUAUACGCCACAGUGUAACACUACUUUACUAAGGGCUUAUUGUUUUACCAUUUGAUUAUUAGGAAGAGGAUACAUUUGUCAGCAGUUGGAUUUUUUGGUGCUGUAUGUUCCAUAUUAAACAAACCUUAGAUGCUGUGGACAUAGAUAUAUGCUCCCCUAAUUGAAGAGCUGUUGAUUUGAUUUUAAGUAUCACAAUAUGUAACAGUUACAGGUCCCUUUCUGUGAUUUCAUAUCAAAUCUGCUAUGAUUUGUUAAACAUUUCAUAUUUGUAAAUAUGCACAAUAUAUCUGUACACUAAAUAUGAAAAUACUUGCCAUCGCUCCAUUAUCACAUUAUUGUGUACUUAUGAUAUACUUUUUAGAAUAAAAUAAUAAAACCAGUGGUUUCUUUAGUAAGAGUUAGAAAAACACAAACUUUGUUCUGAUUUAAACCUUUUAAUUAUGAUUUAUGAGUAUUUACUUACAGUACAUUAAUCCUGGUGUUUGGUGAAACCUUGGAAUGUGUUCAUUCUUUGCUUGCUUUGCUCUGGCAACUGAUAAACUGGGGCUAUUUUGUAUGCCAACUAUUUUAUCUGUAAGUAGCAAAUCCAAUAAUUACAAUUUCUUCGCAUAAUAUUUUUUAUUGUAUCUAACAAAACAGAAAGAAGCUGUAAAUGUAUACAGGUCUACUUUUUAGUUUUGAGGGCAAAUGUAUUCAUAAUAAAUAAACUUAACAAUAUGGA